AUGUUUGAGGAUAUUGUUGGCCGUAGCUGUGAUGCUGAUGCAGUCAAGCUUCAUCAUCUGGACAAAGCAUUAAUCGGUGACGCCGCCGGGUGGAUCACGGCAAAGAUGAUUGUUGAAAAUAACUGCCAGCAAACAUGGAAACAGCUGAGCGACCAAUACGAGAAUCCCAGAGUAAUCGUCGAUUCUCAUCUCGAAGGGCUGCUUGAGAUGAAAUCGAUGACCAAACGCAGCCAUAAGGACUUACUCGAACUUGUGAAGACAUUCAACCGUCAUGUUGGCGGUCUCGAGUACCAGGGACUAGUAGUUGAUGAACUUUCUGGUCUCAUACUUACGAAGAUCCUUACUUUGCGAUUGGAUGACCAAACACUCCAACUGUGGGAAAGGACCCAGCAGCACGCCAAGCUACCCAAAUUUGAAGAUACGAUGCAGUUUCUACGAAGCGAAUGCCAGGUUUUGGAACGAUUUCAAAAUAGGCACCAUAUACCCUUGAAGGAACCCUCUCAACGACACAAAUCACACGCUGCAACCACUGUGACCAUCACCGGUUCCUGUCAAUUCUGUAGUGAAAUCCAUCGCCACUUCGAAUGCCCGGAAUUCAACAAAUUGACACCAGCUGAACGGAGGGAGGAAGUCACCAAGUUGAAAAUCUGCUUCAACUGUCUUCGCCCAGGUCAUCGAUCCCUUAACUGCUCAUCAAAAAAGACGUGCUCCCGCUGCCAAAGGAGGCAUCAUACACUAUUGCAUGAAGAACGAACAUCAUCGACAUCGAAGGAGCGAGCCGCUUUUGAAGAAAAAGACGAAGAAGAAGCCAUCCAAGCCCAAAUCCCGCAACAAGUUUCCGAUGCUGUUGUGUCGUGCAGUCAAUCCCAGGCUGCCAAAACCGUGAUGCUUAUGACUGCCGUGGUGCACAUCAAGGACCCUCGAGGAUGGACAGUUCCCUGUCGUGUGCUGUUGGACAGCGGGUCCCAAGUAAACUUCCUGUGUAAGGCAAUGGCCGAUCGUUUGGCAAAUAAAAGACUACAGGCACACAUACCCAUCGCUGGAAUUGGUGGAGUCAAACCUACGCCAAGGAAAAGCUAA